UUUUAGUUAUCUUGAAAAAUGUUAAGAAAUUCACUGGCCGGUACACCGUGAUGUGGUCAACAUGCGGGACGUAACAUCGUCGGCCGAUGAUGGUGGGAGGGAUAGAGCCUCGUUGACCACGGACUUCAAUUUCCGCAACCAGUCUGUACUGGCAAUUAUUACUUGAAACUGCUCGGGUAUAAAAAGGAUUACAAUGCUCGCCAAUACUGUCAGGUGGACCACGAUUGUGCUGGUUACAGUAGGGUUUUCCGUACGUCCAAGCUUCUCGAAUCUGCCUUACGUGAACACGAGCUGUCUAGAAUUACGGAAAGUCCCUUAUCAAGAGUCUUACACCAAGAAAUGCUGGUUGUUCUUCACCUGCGACGGAUCGCGUACCGGUUACAUCAUUGACGUCAGAGCAGCUCUUCACUGUGAACGUGAAUCUGGAAAAAACGAAACAGCCUACGUUCACGAAAGCCAAAGAUCUGUCAAUAAGAGCAGAUGUGACAGUGGCUUGGAAGGCGAACCCUGCGAUGAGCCAGAUCUGUGUGUAAUCGCCGAACUCGACGGAGAAGAGGUUGCCAAACGAACCAGGAACGAUACUUCCGUAACCAACUGGCAAGAGUUCCCUGCUUGCCGACAGAAAUGUCUCGACGAACUACGCGGAAAAGUUGUCCAUUCUACCCAGAUUCUCGGAAACAUAACGUACCAUUUGAUUCCUGCUCAUUCCCAGUGCAACGCUACGGAAACUUAUGAGCCAUUUUAUGCGAAACAUACUGACAUAACGGCAGCAGUAAUCUUGGCAGGCAUAACAUUUCUGUUCGGGAUUAUCAGCACUGCUUGCAUCCUCCGAAGAAAAAAAGGAACAAAAGUCGACGAGAAAGAUACACCGACGCGAUUUCCGACCAACGAAUACAACGAGGAAAAUGCACUUUAUGUGGCCACUGGGAGUCGUAGGUGAUCUCUAUUUCCGACGACGGAAUCGUACGAUAUGUUUUUUCCGAUCUAUGACACAGAAAAUGAAGCGUGCCGAUUAGCUCAACAGUUCUGAAAAUUUGGACCACGCCAAUCACCGAUAAAAAAAAAUAUAGCUAAACAAGUAGUCAGUAGAGAAACGGAAAUUUGAUCUACAACGAUUGAAGAAUCAGCGACUCCUUCGAUAUGGAAUUUUUCUCUCACCUUUUAUCGACAAAAGCAAAUGUCUCUUUGCAACCUACUUUACUUAUUACUUAAUUGCGAUUUAAGAUCGGUGAUCAAUUUCGUGUAACACCCACACUAGUCGUAUUAUUUUAUUUGUAAUUGUAAUGGUCAAACGUCACUUAUACUACAUUAUUGAUAUU